UGCUUAUAUACUACUGUAUGCGAUCUUUGUUUUCAUUUUCUGUUUUGCAACGCCAACUUUGUCCUCGUUUCCAGAAGUUUCACUUUUUCCUUAACUUUCAUUUCGACUGUGCGGAGUUUGUGCGUGAUCCUUUUUUUCUUCUUUAUCCAUGCUGAAGAGGAAUAUGAGGAUCUUCUUCAAGAGAAUCGAUCAAGGGUUUGAGGGACAGUUGCUGUGAGUUCCCCUCCUCCAGAUAAAGAUGGACCCUGCGGCGGUACGCGUCCUCCGGACCAUGCUGGUGCUGAUGGUUUUUCACCCUGUUACCUCUGUGUCCUGCCCCCGGCCCUGCUCCUGCCCCCAGCCCACUGAGCUCCACUGCACCUUCCGCUCACUCCUCACCAUCCCAGAAGCUGUGCCUAAAUACGUGAAGCGCAUGAACCUGGGAUUCAACAGCAUUCAGAAAAUCACCGACAAAUCACUACUUGGUCUUCAGAAGUUGGAGCUUCUGAUGGUUCAUGGAAACGAUAUCCAAACUCUGCAUGAUGGAGUGUUCAGGGACCUCGUGUCACUACAGAUGUUAAAGAUCAGCUACAACAAGCUGAAGGAGAUCAACAGACAUACCCUCCGGGGCCUGUGGUCUGUGUCCAGGUUACAUCUAGACCACAAUCGACUGGAGUUCAUCCACCCUGAUGCCUUCCAGGGUCUUACCUCCUUGCGGCUGCUGCAGCUGGAGGGCAACCAGCUUCAGCAGCUGCAUCCAGCAACGUUCACCACCUUCACUCUCAUGGGCCAGUUCCACGUGUCCACUCUGAGGCACCUCUACCUGUCAGACAACCUACUUACAUCGCUGCCGUCCGGGCUGGUGGUGACCAUGUCUCAGCUCGAAAACCUGUACCUCCAUGGGAACCCGUGGAACUGUGACUGCAACAUGAACUGGCUCCAUGACUGGGAUAAAACCUCACCAGGUGUAUUGAAAUGUAAAAAGGACAAGGCCCUUCCUGGUGGUCAGCUGUGUCCUAUGUGUUUGUCUCCCAUGCACCUUGAGAAGAAAGAGCUCCUGGCUAUGGAGAACCUGGUCUGCAGCAGCCCAGUCAUCCGUCUUCCUCACAGGACUUCCCCACCCGAGGACACUGAAACCGAGGUCUUGACUACAGAGAACUUCAGGGAACCAUUUGGAAACAUCUCUCUGGGCCUUUCUGAUCAACAUGGAAAUGAGGUGGAUCUGGAGUGUUCGGUUGGCAUUCCAAGACAGAUUACCAAGAUCAACUGGGAGCAUGUCAACCAGCUCCAGCUGGCCUCCAAUAUUACUUUUUCAGUGGAUCUUGAAUGUCCUGUUGAUAGAGACAAGUACGAGCGACUGUGGAGGCUAAUUGCUUACUACAGCAGUGUGCCAGCCCACUUAAAAAGGGGAAUCAUGCUCAGCCAAGAACCUCAUCCAACCUAUGUCUAUAAACAGGACUCUGAGAAGGAUGCCCUCUACUAUACAGGCAUUAAAGUCAACGUCAUGGCCCAGCCGGCAUGGCUGAUGCAAGCAUCUGCUGAGCUUCAGCUGAACAGACUUCAAUCAUCAGCCAAGAAAGUCAAAUUGAUCCUCAGCACAGACCUCUCAGAGAAAGUUGAAGUAGAGCAGUUGCAGAGACAAAAAAUACCAUGGGUCUUAAUUGAGUCAACAAAUUCGACUCGUAAAGUGUUAAGUGCUAUCCUGGGAAGUCAAAAUCAAAUGCACUGUAAUGUGCACAGUUCUGGGCAAGCAGUAGUUCACUGGAUGCUACCAGAUGGCUCCAAAGUGAAGGCCCCAUACAGCAGCCCAGACAACAGGGUGUCUGUGUCCAAUAAUGGAAGGCUGGUCAUUCAAUCUGUCAGCCACACAGACACAGGAAUUUACUACUGCAUUGCUAAUGUUCAUGGAGACCUGGCUGCUCUGUCAUUUCAUCUGACAGUGCAGGAAUCUUCCAACCCUCCCCCCGGAGAGGAUUCCUCGAAUUCACCCACAGAGGUAAUUGUAGGAAAGCCCUUGUCCCUACCUUGCAGGACAUCUGCCUCCCCCGAUGCUGAAAUUAGCUGGAUUCUCCCAAGCAACACCAUCAUUCAUGGCCAAGACAAAUCCUCCAGAGCUUUGGUCUAUUCCAACGGCACUCUACAUAUCUCACAGACUCAGUUAUCAGACAGUGGCUAUUAUAAAUGCAUUGCCAUUAAUCAACAUGGUGUGGAUACAGUGGCUGCAAAAGUUACCAUCAUCAGACGCAAUGGGCUCAUGAGGCCUUUGAGGAGGUUUCAAGCAAGACCUCAGUCCGCCUCAGGGGUCAACACAUACAUCCAUCCAGAGGAGGCAUCAGGGGACGUUGAGAUAAGUCCAGAAAUGUCCCCAGUUAACCGACAAGAUAUUGUGAGAAGAAGAAUUCCAGCAGGUGUGGCCCCAGGAAGGAGGGGCAUCCAUCCGUCAAAGAAUAUUGGGCAGAGGGUGCCAGUGCUUAGAAAACCAACAGAAGACAGGAAACAUGUAGUUGAGAGCAAGAGGAGAAUUAAUGUCUCAAAGAGUAAAAUAGACCCAGAGAAAUGGGCUGAUAUUUUGGCAAAGAUUAGAGACAGAAAUACUCUGAAUACUGUAACGUCACAACCAGCUCAGUACACAACAGAGAGGAGACAGAUAGAGCAGACAAGACAGAGACAAGACAUGAUCGAAGGGUCAUCAGACGCCAUGACUGUGCAGGAAAGAGAGAUACAAGAUCGCCCAACAACCCCAAAUAGUCCAGUACAACAUACAGAAAUGGAAACUAACGAGCAAAACAGACAAAGUCAGGGAACAUAUGUAACUUCUAACAGUCAGCACGCACACGUUAUACAUGCUACAACACAGUCACAGACAAUGCAGACCACACACAAGGAAUGGCUGCCAACCCAUGACACAAACUUGGAUCAAUACAUAACUUCAGACACCGCAUUUACCCUUUCACAGACUCCACUUGUUCCCCUGCAGGCGAACACAAACACUGCAAGCAGCAGCACGACUUCUCCAAGAGAUAACUUUAGCACGGAUACAAAUGUUAAUGCAGACGAAACAGCUGAUUGGACCAACACAUCUGAGAAGAGUGAGAAUACGAAUAGACCGAAUGUUGUCGCCAGCUCUAAUAAUGACAGAGAGCCUUCUUCCAGUGGAACUGAAAUCAUCUCUUUAGUCGAACGCAAUGAUUCAGAGACGAGCCAAGAAGAAAGUGGAAAAUAUCUGCAAGAGGCUACAACAAUAUCAGACAAGUAUACUCAGGCAGAGAACACAGCACUUGAUGAUUUGCACUUUCAAGCAAUGCUUACAACAUCAUUUGUGACAACCACCCUUGUGCCCACCACUGCAAGCACUUCAACUGUAGCACAGUUCCUGCGCCUCGACCAGCCUAACCAGCGGAAAAGGAAUGGGAAUCGGAGGAAAAGACCAAACAGAAGAAAGCUAAAGCUGAAUGAACCCACCCAGUUUACUGCCGCCACACCUGUAAAUGCUCCACAUGCAACAGUCAAGACGACUGCCUCCACACUGCUAAAAAUAGAGCCAUUAGAAGUUACAAAAGCCAAAUUCAAUACCACUGUUCCAUUCACUAGAGGCCAAGCAGCAUCAUCAGGAAGACUGAGUCACAAAGAAAACCCAGUCUCCAGGCAUGACAUUGAGCCAGCCACCAAACCCUCCUCACUGCCAACUUCUCUCCCAAAAACUAAGGACCCCCUUCAACCCCUGGCCAAACCACUAUUCAAAAGCACAUCAGCAGCACCAUCAUUUCCAUCAGCGUCUCCAGCAGUGGGUCAUGGAAAGACAAGUUCUCAGACAGCCUUGCGAGUCUCAGAAAAUACAUCUCGAGAGCACUUUGAUAUGCUCACAUUAACCACAUUGCAGACAUUAACAGGCAGACCUUUUCCAACUUCUAGACUUUUAGAGACAGUUGGAUCAAGUAUAACAGAAGACGUUAGGCAUUUGCCAUCUUCUAACAAUUCCACUGUGGAUUUUCAGGCUGUAAGUGUGCAAAGAGAUGCCAAACAAUACCCAUCCAUUGAAAUUGGAAGUGGAAAGAUGCUUGUGACAGAAUCUGGGACGCAUUUUUCACUGCUGCCAUCUCCAACUGCCUCAUCCUCUCCCUUGAGUGAGCAGGCAUUCAAGACAACAUCUGAACACACUUCUAGUGACAUAACUACAUCUCAGAGUUUGCUUUUUGAUGGUCAUUUGGAGACAGAACAGGUUACAGAGCGGAAACCUUAUCAGUCUGAGGGAUAUUAUAAUAAAGUCAGUCAGCAUACAACCCCAAGCGGUGAAUCAGACGUGAAAACGGCAAAUGUUGAUAUUGUGAAUCCUUCUAUCACAAGUACCACCAAAACCACAGCUCCCCCUACCACCGCAUCAAUUCCUGAUUCCUUGAUCCCAUCCCAAGAGGCGUUACAUACCACAUCACCCAAAACAUAUCCCGAAGGAGUUAAUGUAGGACUAAAGACCACUGCCCAGGAUGGCCCUAGGAUCACAGUCCAGCAAAUCAAACCCAUCAUUACCACAACGGCUUGGGGAAUAUCAGACUACCAAUCUGCAACUGAGUCACCUGACCACAAAAUUACAUCCUUUGCCUCAAAACUCACCAGUGGGCAAAUACAUAAACAGGCCACUCCUACCCCAGCAAGUCCUGCAAUCCAAACUAAUCAAUUUCGAGAGGAACUGUUGACAAAUACCCAGGAUGUGUCCAGUGCGCACCAGCUACCUGGAAGAGGAUCUAUUUCAAGAGGGAAGCCACGGAUAUCGGCGAGCAAUGUCCAAACAUUCACAGUGAAAGCUGAAACAGAUGCUCAACUUCCUUGUGAGGCUGAUGGAGAGCCAAAGCCGUUCCUGUCAUGGACUAAAGUUGCCAAUGGGGCAAGUAUUGCGCAGAGCACCAGGGUUCACAGGUUUGAGGUCCAACCAAAUGGUACAUUAAUCAUCAAGAACACACAGCGCAUGGACGGGGGUCAGUACCUGUGCAAGGUCCAGAACCAGUAUGGUACAGAUCAAAUGGUGGUCAACCUUGUGGUCCUGUCUGAGCAUCCUCGGGUGCUCCAGCCUCUGAACCGAGACAUGACAGUGCAGCUUGGUGGCAAAGUGGAUUUGGAGUGUGAAGUAGAGGGGCACCCUAUGCCUAAAGUCACAUGGUUGCUCCCUAACCAUGUUCGCAUAGCUGCUGCCUCAAUUGAUACGCCCCUUCCACAGCGUGUGGCUGUUUUCGGUAACGGAACCCUCCGGAUCAGCCAGGCCGGUUACACAGACGGAGGUAUUUACAAGUGCAUUGGCAGCAGUGCAGUUGGAACUGACAGUGUCUCUGUCCACCUUUAUGUGUCAGCGUUGCCACCAUCGAUUCAACAGACACCAAAUGAAAACCUCACCCUUCCAGAGGGCAGCGAUGCCUACAUCCACUGUACCGCCACAGGUGUCCCUCAACCUGUCAUUCACUGGAUCACGUCUGAAGGCAUACGACUCACUGCUUCCCAGUUUCUCACUGGACACAACCCCUCUGUCUUUCCUAAUGGAACCCUCUACAUCAAGGGAUUGGGCCCGGGAAAUGCUGGGAGAUAUGAGUGCUCAGCCAGUAACGCAGUGGCAUCCAGCAAGAGAACCGUGAUCUUGAUUACCAAGAAGAAUCCGUCCUCUUCCAAGGCAAGUAUUGCUUCAUCCUCCCCCCGGAGAACAGAUGUGAUUUAUGGAAGAAAUUUGUUGCUCAACUGUGUGGCAACAGGAGAUCCAAAUCCCUGGAUCAUCUGGAGGACACCCUCUAAGAAGCUGGUGGAUUCCCAGUACAGUUUUGACCCCAGGAUUAAGGUCUUCCCAAAUGGCACUAUAACCAUUCAUUCUGUGACCGAAAAGGACAGUGGGGAUUACUUGUGUAUGGCACGCAACAAGAUAGGCGAUGACUACAUUCUGCUGCGGGUCACUGUGCUGACAAGGCCAGCCAAAAUUGAACAGAAGCAGCAGCGAUCCAGUCAGGAGGUGGUGUACGGUGGAGCCUUGAAGGUAGACUGCGUGGCGUCUGGGCUCCCAAGCCCCGAGAUCAGCUGGGCACUGCCGGAUGGCACCAUGGUCAACCCGGAGAAACAGAGAGACCAUGUCAGGGGAGGACGCAGUCGCAGGUAUCUGGUGUUUGACAAUGGGACGCUGUAUUUCAAUGAUGUCGGUACGCCAGAAGAAGGGGACUACACCUGUUAUGCUGAGAACCAAGUUGGCAAAGAUGAGAUGAAGGUCAGAGUUAAGCUCAAGGUUGCAACUCCUCCACCACAAAUCCUGGAUAAAGAUCAAAAGUUUGUGCGGGUUUUCUAUGGUGAGUCCAUUACACUGAGAUGUAAUGCCAAAGGGGAACCAAUGCCUGUCAUCACAUGGAUUUCCCCAACAAACAGAGUGAUUGCCUCAGCAUUGGACAAAUAUCAGGUCCUGGAUGAUGGGUCAUUGGUGAUUCAAAAGGUCCAACGUUUUGAUGGAGGUAACUACACCUGCAUGGCCAGGAACAAUGUAGGACAAGACCAUAAAGUCAUCAGGCUGGAAGUCCUAGUAACCACUCCGACUAUCAAUGGCCUCAGAGAAACUGCCAGUGCUGUCAAGAUAACUGCUGUACAGGAUCAGCGGAAACUGGUGGACUGUGUCGCCAAGGGCACGCCUACACCUCGCAUCAUGUGGGUUCUAACAGGAAAUGUGAUCCUUCCUGCACCGUACUACAGCAACAGAAUGACAGUUCACCAGAAUGGUACGUUGGAAAUCCGGUCAAUCAAAAGGACCGACUCAGGGCAAUUGACUUGUAUCGCUCGGAAUGAAGGAGGGGAGGUCAGACUGCUGGUCGAUUUGGAUGUGAGAGAGGUUGUUGAGAGGCCACAAAUUAGUGGUCCCAAAACACAUAGUCUAUCACUGACUGUGGGGAACGCCAUGACUUUGAAUUGCUCCUUUGAGGGCUCGACACUCCCUCGUGUCACUUGGAUCUUACCCAAUGGCAUACCGUUGCUAAGUGGUGCUCGAUUCUCCAAGUUUUUCCAUCAGCCUGAUGGAUCCCUGAUCAUCAGUAAUCCAUCUGUUGGUGAAGCUGGUAUGUACCGCUGUCUGGGGCAUAAUUCUGGAGGGCUUGUGGAAAGAACUAUCACGUUGUCCCCGGGAAUAAAACCAGAGAUCCACAACAGAUACAACUCUCCUAUUAGCAUCAUGAACGGGGAAAUACUAUUGCUACAUUGUCAAACCAGUGUCGAACCCGUCAGACUAACAUGGACGCUACCCAGUGGGGUUGUCCUCAAUAGACCACAGAGAGCUGGACGAUACUCUGUUCUCCCCAAUGGGACGCUUGCAAUCCAACAAGUGUCAGUCCAUGAUCGGGGGUCCUAUACAUGUCGGGCUGCAAAUGAGUAUGGAAGUUCUCAGCUUUCUGCAGCAGUAAGUGUGAUUACAUACCCACCUCAAAUAACAAAUGGCCCUCCGCCGGUGACCUAUGCUAAACGUGGAGUUGCUAUGCAGCUGAACUGUGUUGCAAAUGGGAUCCCAAAAGUGGAGCUCGCAUGGGAAACACCUGAUAAAACCCGCCUGGUUGUCAGUGCACAACCACGCCUUUUUGGAAACAAGUACCUCCAUCCACAAGGUUCCCUCAUUAUUCAGAACCCCACGCAAAAAGACACUGGUGUCUACCGCUGCACAGCCAGGAAUGCCAUUGGCAUAGACUCCAAAGCCACAUAUCUCAAUGUGUACUGAUGAAUUUCACUUUUCAUCGUGAUCAUUCUCUCUCUGUUUGCCCAAGUAACUGCCUAGUUCAAAUGAGCUAAUGUUUUUAAGUGAUCCAAAUGUAAAAAACUGCUGUCGCCAUGAUGAAACAAUGAGAGGAUUGAAACCUGUAGUUCUGUUCUGAAUGUGUAUAGACGUCAAAGGUUUUAUGGUAUUUGGUGCUCACUAUAUUCAUAUUCCUCAUCCCUAGGAAAUAUCAAUGUGCCUUACUCCUUCAUUGUGCAAUUUAGCUUGAGUCUUCUUACUUCCUCCCCUCCGACAGUAUAUCGGUCUUAACCUCAUGUGUCCACUUUACUAGAAAUAACACCUGUGAAAUGAUUGUGUUCUCCGACAAUGUAAUAGCAUGAAAGAAUAGCUGUAGUUACAGUUUGCAAGUUCCAACUCUUUGACGUGUAACAAAAGGAGGAAGUUCAAUUAUCCAAAAUCCAUCAGCAUCAAACAGUUACAGACUGUGCAAGGUCAGAGAGUUCUGUUAUUAGAUAAAGCGAGAUUACAAUUACACAAUUGUCGGAUCAUCACAAUGUCCAGUAUUAUACACCAAAUGGCACUUGUUUGGUGUUAUAUAUUAUCUUGUCUACCAUGUAGUAAAUUUAUUGGGGACCCCAUUGAUGAGCACAAUUUACUUCAGUGACAUUUAUUAAUAUUUUUCCAAAAAAUAAUCGGUAAAUACUUUGACUGGAGUUAACAAUUUGUUAAUGAGGUUGAGAUAUAAGGUCAAUUACCUGCUUAACCCCAUCUUUUUGACCUAUCUUGCCAUUUUAUGACACAGUUGUAUCAUCGUCAGUCUCAGGUGUUGAUAGUAGUCUAAUUCAAAAAGUCAAUGUCAUUUUACUGUUAUUUUCGUAUUCUGUCCACCAUAGUGGCCUUUAUUGUCCUUUGCCUUUGCUAGUAUAUGGAAGGAAUUCUGGUGUAUUUCAGGGCACAGUUUCAAGCCAUACAGGCUCUCCGCUAAAUUGCUGCUUUUUAAAGUUAUUACUUUCUUGGCUGUUAUUUAUAUUGCCAUCAUCAGACCAAGUACAUUUUCUUAGGAAGCAUUAACCCAUAAUUAGCAAACAAAUGGAACGUUUUAGGAGAUGGCAAUCAAUAUGGCACUUUGAAUCUCAGUGAACAAUGCAGAAAAACCUAUUUGAGCAAAAUGGAUAUUGUCCAUGUGGGAAGGUGCUGUUGACUGUAAACACUGUGAUUCAGUGAUUCACAUUAAAACCUUGAUUAUUUGGCUUUGCAGCAUCCUUAGCAGUCAAUUAACCUUUGUUGACACUGGACAGUUGCUUCUGAUAAUGACAAAUAAUGUCAAGCUGUGUCAACGGUCUGUUUUUCUAACUUGGAAAUAUUGUUUAACUUAAUUAAAGAAUUUAUUGAAAAUGUAUAAAAAUGUAGCUGGGAUUGUCUGUUUUAGGGCCUUAUUUGAGAUAAUGAUUAAUAUCCUGUGCCUUUCCAUUAUCUGAGUCAGAUAUAUGAAUAAUGUUUUUAUCCUGUUCCCAGCAAGUUCUAUGUCCUCAUUUGUAAAUAAUGUCUUUGAUAGACUGUAAUGAACUUCAAUUUCCCCAUAGUUUAAUAUAAGAUUUCCACUCCUUACUACUACUCCUAGUCAAAACAAAAACCUUUAUUGCACAGUCAGGGAAAGCAAAAGAUUGGAGAAAUAUGUCUAAAGAAUGUUUUCAAUUUAUAACUAAAAUAACAUCAAUGAGUGGGUAUAUUGUUUUGAAAAUUAAAAGGCUCAAAAUAAAUAUC